AUAAGGUGCAUUUCGCUCUCCUCUCCUCAGCCAUCUUGACUGGUCGCCCGGAGCCUCUCUCUUCGCCCGUCCGCCGAAAGUAAACCGCGGCUCGCGAAUCGCCCGCAACUCCGUGCCAGAUAAGUAGAGCGAGAUGGGCUCGCGCCGCCAGAUGUGAUCGGAGCGGGCUCGAGGGAGAGGAGUAGAAAACACGAGCGGGAUUAUAGUAACGCUGCCGUGUCACCGGAGCGCGAGAGGGAUACGACGCAAAAAAAAAAAAAAAAGAAAAAAAAAAGGAUGGAGUACGACCUGUUGGGGAUUUACCUGCUGCUCUCUCUCGCCACGCUGCCCAGGUCCAGCGGCACCGCGGCGAAGGAGAUCACCUGCCAGGAGAUCGCCGUGCCUCUCUGCAAGGGCAUCGGCUACAACUACACCUACAUGCCCAACCAGUUCAACCACGACACGCAGGACGAAGCCGGCUUGGAGGUGCACCAGUUCUGGCCUCUGGUGGAGAUCCAGUGUUCCCCCGACCUGAAGUUUUUCCUGUGCAGCAUGUACACCCCCAUCUGCCUGGAGGAGUACAAGAAACCGCUGCCGCCCUGCCGGAGCGUGUGCGAGAGAGCCCGGGCGGGCUGCGCUCCUCUCAUGAGGCAGUACGGCUUCCCGUGGCCGGACAGGAUGAAGUGCGACCUGCUGCCGGCUCAGGGCAACCCGGACAUAUUGUGCAUGGACUACAACAGGACCGACUCCACCACGGCGUCGCCGGUUCUCUCCAAGCCCACCAACCUGCCCGGCAAAGCUCACAACCCGCACAAGAGCAAGCCGGGACACGGUCGCCCCGGCGUCCCCGGCAAGCACAAGCCGCCCGCGUCCCCCUGCGAGCCGGGCUGCAAGUGCGUCGCGCCCAUGGUGCCGGUCAACGCGGACCGCCACCCGCUUUACAACCGGGUCAAGACGGGGCAGAUCAGCAACUGCGCGAUGCCGUGUCACAACCCGUACUUCACGCAGGACGAGAGGACGUUCACCGCCUUCUGGAUCGGGCUCUGGUCCGUGUUGUGCUUCGUGUCCACGUUCGCGACCGUGGCCACGUUCCUGAUCGACAUGGAGCGGUUCAAGUACCCCGAGCGGCCCAUCAUCUUCCUGUCCGCCUGUUACAUGUUCGUGUCCGUCGGGUACAUCGUGCGGCUCAUCGCCGGCCACGAGAAGGUGGCUUGUAACCGGGAGUACGACGUGGAGCACAUCCACUACGAGACCACCGGGCCCGCGCUGUGCACGGUGGUCUUCCUCCUCAUUUACUUUUUCGGGAUGGCCAGCUCGAUCUGGUGGGUUAUCCUGUCCCUGACCUGGUUUCUGGCCGCCGGCAUGAAAUGGGGCAACGAGGCCAUCGCCAGUUACUCGCAGUACUUUCACCUGGCCGCUUGGCUGAUACCCAGCAUGAAGUCCAUCGCCGUCCUCGCCCUGAGCUCCGUGGACGGCGACUCGGUGGCGGGCAUCUGCUACGUGGGCAACCAGAACCUGGACAACCUGCGGGGAUUCGUCCUGGCCCCGCUGGUGAUUUACUUAUUCAUAGGCACCAUGUUCCUCCUGGCGGGAUUUGUGUCCCUGUUCCGCAUCCGCAGCGUCAUCAAACAAGGGGGCACCAAGACGGACAAGCUGGAGAAGCUGAUGAUCCGGAUAGGCAUCUUCACCGUGCUGUACACCGUGCCGGCCACCAUCAUAGUGGCCUGCUACUUUUACGAGCAGCACAACAGGCAGAGUUGGGAGAUGACGCACAACUGCGACUGCUUGCUGGAGCAGGACCGCCGGCGUCCGGACUACGCCGUGUUCAUGCUGAAGUACUUCAUGUGCCUGUUGGUGGGCAUCACGUCCGGCGUGUGGAUCUGGUCGGGCAAAACUCUGGAGUCGUGGAGGACUCUGUGCACGCGCUGCUGCUGGGGCAGCAAAGGGACGAGCGGCUCCAUGUACAGCGACGUGAGCACCGGGCUGACGUGGAGGUCGGGCACGGCCAGCUCCGUGUCCUGCCCCAAGCAGAUGCCAUUGUCCCAGGUUUGAAAAGCAGCUUAGGAGGACCGCUAAUUGUUUGGCCAGAUAACCCCAUCAGUCCCUACUUCUUAUACGUUAGCAUAACAAGGAAUUGUUGAUGCCCCCCCCCCCAGCCCGCCCGCCCGCCUCCUCUCGUUUUAUACCUUUUUUAAACGGAGUGCUGUUGGAAAACUGGUUGAAACCACGUACCUGGGUACUUACACACGUGUUGAUUCCGCGCCUCCCUGUUUUGUAUGGAUCAGGAGAUGCAGACUGAGGCUUUUUAUACACCGAGUGGGCAUUUCCUGCAGGCAAAGAAACGAUUCUCUCCCUAAUUUGCCUCCCGAUAAGAACAUUUGGGCUCCUUUCGUCAUAGCUCCACGCAGAGUACAGAUUACACAUUACACAUUACAGAUUACAUUUGCAUAUUUCAAUCACGGACGGUUUAAAUUAAGCCUUAAUAGUGCCCUGAUAAUUUAUGGGCCGUCUUUUUUUUUUUUGUAAUUUCUAAUGUAUUUAUAUUAUGUUUAUGUAAAUUUGUGUAUAAAAAGAAGACUUUAUAAGAUAUAUUGUAAAUUUGUACAAAGUGUAGAUGUCUUUUUUUUUUUUUGGUGAGAAAACAAAAGUACCUUUAUUUUGACAAUAAAACACUUGAUGAGUCUCGAA